GGUAAUAAUCUUUUCACAUAAAGAGAAAAUUAAAACACCAUUCUCUCUAUUUAUUUCUUCUCUGUUGCGUUUCCGAUUUCAUACAAACACACAAACCCAAAAUUCCAAAACCCUAAAUUUCUAAUUUUUUUCGAAACCCCAUUUUUUCUAUCCAAGAAAAUUCAAUUGGGGUUGAUUUUUGAUUUCUUGAUCUGAAACACCGAUUGGUGUUUUCUAUGGCGACGGGUACAAUGGCGACGGCGGCCGGAGCUGCGGUGAUGUUGUACUACGUGAGUCGGAGAUUGACAAAGAAGGAUGAAGAAGAAGAUGAUCAUUCCGAUGGAGAUGUAUCGAAAUCGAGUAGAUCGAUUCGUCGGAGAAGGAUUUCACGGCGACCUGCUCAGGCGCCGGCGACUUUGCUUGAAUCGAUUGGGACUUUGUCUGAAACUUUAAGGUUUACUUAUUCUGAAACCCUUGGAAAAUGGCCUAUUGGUGAUUUAGCUUUUGGGAUCAAUUAUUUCAUGAGAAAACAGGGUAAUUUAGCAGUUGCUAGUGUGUAUGCUGGAAGCGAUUGUGUGCAACUUAAAGGAGAUGAAAUUAUUGCAGAAUUGUAUGAGCUUUUGAGGCUUUUGACAUUAUGUAUGUUUUUUUCGAAGAAGCCAUUUCCUGUGUUUUUAGAUUCAGCUGGAUUCACUCUUGAAGAUGUUCUUAUGCAGAAGCCUAAAGCUGGGCUUCUGAAGCCAGCUUUCACAAUUAUACGCGAUACACAGUCAAAAUGUUUACUUUUAUUGAUCCGGGGCACUCAUAGCAUAAAAGACACACUGACAGCUGCAACUGGUGCUGUCGUACCCUUCCAUCAUUCGGUUUUAAAUGAUGGUGGGAUAAGCAACUUGGUUUUAGGAUAUGCGCACUGUGGUAUGGUUGCUGCUGCUCGGUGGAUUGCAAAGCUCUGUACUCCUACCCUACUUAAGGCUCUUGGUGAAUGUCCAGACUUCAGUGUCAAGGUUGUUGGACAUUCACUUGGUGGUGGUACUGCUGCACUCUUAACAUAUAUUCUUAGAGAGCAGAAAGAGUUCUCCUCAAGCACUUGUGUCACAUUUGCGCCAGCUGCUUGUAUGACAUGGGAGUUAGCAGAAUCGGGAAAGCAUUUUAUCACUACCAUCAUAAAUGGUUCUGACUUGGUGCCUACAUUUUCAACUUCCUCUAUUGAUGACCUCCGAUCUGAGGUCACUGCCUCCUCUUGGUUGAAUGAUUUACGGGAUCAGGUUGAACAUACGAAGGUCCUCAAUGUUGUCUACCGCUCUGCAACUGCACUUGGAUCUCGCCUACCGACUAUAUCUAGUGCAAAAGCUAGGGUAGCUGGUGCUGGUGCUAUUCUGUGGCCAGUAACCACUGGCACUCAGGUUAUGAUGAAGCGUGCACAAAGUGUUGCAGAAGCUGUUGUCAGAACUCGCUCAUCGCUGUCAUCGUGGUCUUGCAUGAGUGCACGCCGCCGAAAUGUUGGUCCGUCACCAAACUCUGAUGCAGAAGACGUAACUGAAGUUUCUCUAUUAUCUGAGAGAAUAUCAGGGUCUCUUUUGACUGAAGAGACAGCAACAACGUCGGUGCUUACAGAUGAACACAAUUCCUCAAGCGGAGGAUCAGGCCAUGAUGACACAGAUGAGGAGGAACAGCUCAUUGCUUCUAAUCAAGACAUUACCACAUCCACCGUAGAUGAUAUAACAGAAGGGCAGUUAUGGUAUGAACUGGAGAAGGAGCUUCAAAAACAGGAUGAUACCAUUGACAUUCAUGAUCAGGAAGAAGAGGCAGCAGCAGCAAAAGAGAUAACUGAAGAAGAAAAUCAACUUGCCGAUGCUGCAGAAUGCAGUAAUUCAAUCACAACAUCAGAUAACUUAGAUAAUCAUCAAUUUUAUCCCCCAGGCACAAUCAUGCAUAUCGUGUCUAUGCCUAUGCCUUCUGAUAAUUCAGAUUCAAAUUCUGAUGAUCCUAUAGAAGAACAUGUCCGCUUAUAUGAAACACCGAGAAAGCUGUACAGCAAACUCAGACUUUCAAAAACAAUGAUAAAUGACCAUUACAUGCCAAUGUAUAAGAAGAUGAUGGAAUUAUUAAUCCGAGAUCUAGAGAAAGAUAGUAGUUCUAAUAGUUUAAUGUGACAAACAAGUUCUUUUGGAAAGUUAUUAGUGAAUACAGAAUUCAGUUUUUUUUUUUUUUAUAUUUAAAUUUAAAUAUUAAUCUCAAUGCUUCCCUCGUCGAGAGUCUUAAAGGAUAUUUAUUUCCUUCUGUAUAUACACACAACGAAUUAUUGAAGCAUUGAUUAUGUACACCAUAAUAGGUAGAAGCUGAGAUGAAUAUUUCUUUCUUAAAGAAGAAAGUUGUACACACCCUAUGGGUUCUGUUUAAUGUUAUUCUUAAGCUUGAUAUUCAAAAUUUACAACAAAUUAGAGCAAAUAGCAUGAAUGUAUUAUUAAUGUA